AUGGUGAACAUCGCGGUAGUCAGUGUCGGCGGCGCAGACGAUGAUGAUGAAUCGGAACGAGGUCCGCAGCCCAACCGUGGUCUGGGGACGCCCUGGCUGCCUUGGGGCAUUCCUUGCACAGCCCCAGACCCGGCCAAGACUCGCGAGCCGUUGCGGGUUCUCGACGCCGCCCCUGUUUUGGAAAUGGGCAUCGCCUGGUGGAGUCAUGCCCAGACUUCUGCUGCUUCCGAGCCUUCUGCACGCGCCUUUCUUUCGCGCUCCUUUCCCGCUAGCAAACCGCCCGCCCUGGCGUCGCAACGCGAGGUUCGCCGGUCCUAUUUGGCCGGCUCUCAACCAAUCUCCAGCUUCGACGGUUCUUCAAUGUAUUACGGCGGCCCUCAAUACCGCGACACCGACCCGGAGUUCAUCAUGCCUUCGGCUACGGCCCAAGGCACCGGGCGGGCCGCGAAGCCCAAGCUCUUCUCGAAAGAGUUCCUUGCCUCGAGAUGGGCCAAGCUGUUUUUCUUCGUCGUCGGCAUGCAGGCCUUGAUCGGCGUCGUGUUCGAGGCAUAUGUUUUCGGCCGAUUCCAGUUCAGUCUCGACUACCAGGAAGAAAGGGAACACCUGUUUACGCCCCUCGAAAAGUCGCAAUACCGGACAAUUCCGACCUUCCUUACUCUCUUCAUCUUCGGUUACCUGUACAUCCUGGUGCUCACGUGGGACGCCCUGCGGCUCAAGAACACCAUUCAGAUCAUCGGCCUGUGCUUCUCCAACCUGGCGCUCUUCGUCUACAGCGUUCUCCAGAUUGACCAGAUCGACAAGUCCAUCCAAAAACUUUUAGCUGCCGGGGCUAUUAAGCCCGACAAGGAGGACCGAAAUGUCUGGGCGUUGUGCAAGCCCUUCCUUAUCGCCAUUCCGGUUGUCGUUGGCGUUGUUACUGUGGCUAUGUCUGUCCUGGCCUACCAACUCUAUCGCGAGUUCGCCUGGGAUAUCUUGAAGCUGAUCGGCGCCGACUAUCGCAUGACGAAGCGCUUUCUUCACUAUCAGAUCUACAUCGCCCUCCUCAAAUUCGACUUCUUUUUCUUCCUGGGCUUCACCAUCCAAUUCCUCGUCGUCGUCAACGGCAUCAAAGACUUCGAGCUGGGCCUGCACAUCGCCGCGAUCCCCAUCACCGUCGGCAUCCUGCUGUGCGCCGCCUUCUUCACGCGGCGCGAGAACCGUCUCGGCGUCUGCUUCGUCAUCCUGCUCUACUUCGGUGGUCUGGCCUACUUCUUCUUCAAGCUGGUCCGCAUCUAUCAGCCCGGCCAUUACCAGAACUACUUGGCUGUACGCCGGUCGCUGACCGCGUUCGCUGUGCUGACCAUCCUCUUGAUCAUCCUUACCAUCAUCAACGCGUUCAUCUGCAUGAGCAACUUCGGUAAGGGGCUCAAGGCUCAUCUGGUCAAGCCUAACGGGCCUGAUCCGGAAAAGGAAGACGCCAACUCGUACCAGUUGCACGAGCAGAAGCCGCCGCUCUCGAGCAGGAUGACGAUUGAUUGA